GUCGUUGAGCCUGAAAGCAUUUCAAUCAGUGAUUGAAUGCGUGACGCUGACGAAUGACUUUCUAGAGUCAUGGCCACCUCUGACGAUGGGCUGGUGGCGCAGACGCAGUGUUCGCUAAUUAGUCUGGCAGGCAAAAGUAGGAAACCCACGGAAGCACGUGCUUUUUCUCACCUCUCUCUAACACUAUGUAUACACCUAUCUGCCUGGGCUUACAAACUAUAGUAAAACGAUGCCAUGGCAUUGGAGCUGUAAGAACCGAGGUGGUAAAUGGUGUCUGGAGCUCGAGCGGAUAGCACAAGAAGCGGAGAAAUGAACCUGUUAUCCAAGAUUAUACUCUUCCUUUUGACCCUGGAGGCUGUGAGUGCUUUGGAGGCCAAUCUGACUGCCUGGCAUCAUCACAGGCGCCAGAAGCGCUUCCUAAUUUAUCAAAAUGGCGGUGUUAUCAAGUUUGUUACGGGUUGUGCAUUUCCGGUUCCGUUUAUGGAGAAAAAGGUCUGGCGACAGUUGGUCUGGCUGAUGAACUUCCACUACCAGUUCAAUGAGCCGCAAACUCCCAUCUACUGGUGGAAACUCUGGGAUAGUUCGCGAAAUCUCAAGGGUCCUGUGACCCAGCCAGAUCCUUCAUCGGUGCCUGCUCGUCUUUUGGUGGAUGAACCCCAGCUUUUGCUAUUCAAGUUCGCCGAGGGUUAUAUGAAUCAAUUGGGUCAGAAUGGAAGUGCCUGCCUGAAACGUUUGAUAUGCGAGAAUGGUCAGGUGGACGAGCACAGUGGACUCUAUGCCCAGAUACUACACAGGCUGUUAAGACCUCAUCGAACGCUAGACGGGCCGUAUUUGGAUGCCUUCAGGAUGGGUCGUCAUGGCGUCGACUGCCGAAAAGCCUUUCCGGAGGCCCAUAAGUGUGUUUUAGACGACUACGUACACCUCCAUGAACGGGGACCCACACAAAGUUUUCUUUAAGCCUAGGGUUAGAUUAUCGGGAGCU